AUUUGAUGUCCGCCUCUUCAACACAGCUCCCGCACGUUCUCAGUGACCUAGAGACCUGCCGCACCUGAGGCUUGUCGAACAGUCGCGUGUGAGAGCGGUUGUCCCACGCUCAACACAGGUCUUCAUCGCCGAUAUGGGCGACUAUCUGGGUCUCCCAUCGCCACGUCUGCCCUUCGAAAUAUGCGACUACAUACUCGAUCACCUAUGGGACGACCGCAAGACCCUCAAGGUCUGCAGCCGCGUCACGCGAGAAUGGCUCCCCACGACGCGGAAACAUCUUUUUCAUUUCAUCCGUAUCGUCAACGACCUGGAGCUCGUCGCCUUUGAGGAUGUGAUGCUUCACUCGAGGGACGCGGUGGCGCUCUGCGUCCGCACGUUGGACUUUGGAUGGGACGACCGUUUCGCGAUUCCCGCCUUCGUGCCUCAAACGCUCGCAUCUUUCGGCCGGCUAGAAGAGCUCACCCUCCGAGGAACCAUAUGGAACGAUUCUUACUUUUCUGCGAAGACUAUAAGGUGGCCGAUACUGCCCAUGGUGAAGGCUCUUCACUUGCACAUCAGGAUCGUCGACGACGUCGUAAGCCUGCAGCGAUUCAUCUGCGCAUGCCCCUCGCUCUCCUCCCUGAAGCUCCAGAUAAGACGAGUCUCAGAGUGCGAUGGUUCGCACACUCAUCCUCCAGUGGUCAUCCCGGGAUCGAUAGCGAUCGAGACUUUCCAAUGCGGUGUCCAUGCGCCAGACCCCCUACUCAGCUGGCUGCUGCAGGGUGGCCUGAAGCUGCGCAUGCGUCGAUUGGCGAUUACCGUGCGCGAAAUUCCGGCCUCGGUCAAAUUUCUCAGGACGGGCGACGUUCAAGGCCUGUUGCGUGCAUCUGGUGAAUGUCUGGAGCAUCUCGUCCUCAAUUUGCCACCCGCGGCAUUCUCCCGUUCACCAGAUGGCCAACAAGCAGCGCUGAUGCACAAUCCGAAUCUGGUCUCGGUCUAUGUGUCCGAUGUAGGGUGUCAUCGCGCCCCUGGCUCAGGGGCGUUCUCCAAUGGCUGGACGAGUCUGCUCUCAAUCCUUGCCGAUAUCCAGCCAAUGCAUGCCAGGCUGCAAUCGAUCGACAUCAAGUUGGUUACGACAAGCGAGUCGGAUAUCACAAGUAUGCCUUGUGAGCAGCUUGAUGCCGCCCUGGCGCGAAUUGUGGAUACCCACCCGCAGUUAAUCUUCGCCGUAUGGAUAGCCUGCGAUCUUCUUAUACCAGCGCCAUGGCUGGCAGAGUUCGUCGGAGCGCUCUUGCAAGGCUUGGUCAGGGUGCAGGCGGGACGGGGCAGAUUCUGUUUGAUGUGGCUGAACGGUUGCGAUGAGGUUAUGGGCUUAGGUCACCGCACGAUACCGUCCUGGUGUUCGCGGUGGUGAUGUGGCAGGGCUCAGUUCAUCUAGCUUUUCUCCUUGGCAAUACCUUCCAUGUACAUCAUUCUUUCGGACUUUGCUUCCUACGCGCUUAGGCUAUAGAUGUUUCGUAGAUUCCAUCUUCUGCCUGCGCACGAGCCGAGGGCCUUGUCCCACAAUUCAGAGAUGUAAUGAAGGCUUGCAUUGUCGAUUGGGACAGUUUUUUUAUGUGAAACAGCUUAUAUCAAUAAUUUCCACAGAUUGCAGAC